AUGAAUAGUUUAUCCAUUUUCGAUACUCACUGUCAUUUAGCCGAUGUAGAGUAUAGUAAGCAAAGUAAGCACACAAAAGAAAUUAUUCAAGAAGCCGAAAAAGCGGGAGUAAAAUAUAUCCUCAAUACCGGACAAGAUAUGCCAACCAACCAAUUAUUGCUUACUCAGUUAAAAGACUUUACUAACCUGUUUGGUGCUCUUGGUUUACACCCUAACAGUAAUGAAGACUUAAAAGAAGAAAACUUAAAAUGGAUAGAACAGCGAUUAUUAACUAAUAAAAAAAUUGUCGCGAUUGGGGAAAUUGGUUUAGACUAUUAUCGCACUUUUACGGAC